AUGGCGUCGACGACAGCAGGAACGGGAGAGCUCCCUGACUACGCCAACGAGCAUGUUUUCCAACGAAAUCGACUGCCUUCGCGUGCAUACCAUUUGCCUCCGGAGACUUUGCUGCUGAGCGGUCCCUGGGACUUUCAUCUAGCUCCCACAGCUCAGCAUGCGCCGAGCCCCGAUGUUCCUACUGCGUCCGAUGCUACGCUUCACGCCAGUCUGGAUACCAUUGACGCGCUUCCACCGGUCGAAUGGACCAAGAUCAAUGUACCUGGGCACUGGCAAUUGCAAGGUUACGGUGCACCGCAAUACACAAAUGUCCAGUACCCAUUCCCCGUGAACCCUCCUCAUGUGCCCACGGAGAACCCUACCGGAACAUACAAGCGCACUUUCCAUCUUCCCAAAUCGUGGCCGACAUCGUCGAAUCUCAGACUGCGCUUCGAGGGGGUGGAUAGUGCAUUCCACAUUUGGUUGAAUGGAACUUCUGUUGGGUACCAUCAAGGAAGCCGAAACGCGAGCGAAUUCGACAUCUCAACUCUCGUCAGGUCUGAUCGCGAGAAUGCGCUCUUUGUCCGUGUCUAUCAAUGGUGCGACGGCUCUUACAUUGAGGAUCAAGAUCAAUGGUGGCUGUCUGGAAUCUUUCGCGAUGUAUACCUCCUCGCAUUGCCCUCUUCCAGGAUUGAAGACUUCUUCGUACAGACAAGGCUAGACAAUGAAUACCGAGACGUAUUGCUUGACGUCAAACUUGCGCUUACACUGGAUUGUGAAGUUGACGUAUCGUUGGCACUGCGAGACCCGAAGGACGGAAGACGUGUCGUACAACACGCUGUGUUCACACCAAGUGCUGCUUCUAGCACCGUCUCUCACACCUUGCACGUCACAAGGCCCAGGAAAUGGACCGCUGAAAAUCCUGAGCUGUAUGAUCUGGAAAUCUCGCUGCUACCUCGCGGUAGCCGUCAUGUCAUCCAGGCUAUAGAACAUCGAGUGGGUUUCAGACAAGUCGAGAUCAAAGAUGGCCUGCUCACUGUCAAUGGCCAACCGAUACUGCUGCAAGGUGUCAAUAGACACGACCAUCAUCCACGCUUCGGUCGUGCUGUACCAUUAUCUUUCAUUCGGGAAGACCUACUGUUGAUGAAAAGGCAUAACAUCAAUGCGCUGCGAUGCAGCCACUAUCCGCCAGACCCUCGCAUGCUAGAUCUCUGUGAUGAGCUGGGCUUUUGGGUGAUGGACGAGGCUGACUUGGAAUGCCAUGGAUUUUACGAUGCAGUUGCUCGGCCUCUGGACAUCCCAGAGGAGAUGGACUAUGAGGAACGAAAGAAGCUUGCCUUCCCUCAAGCCGCGGAGUACACUUCCAACAAUCCGGCGUGGAAAGCACAAUAUAUUGAUCGCAUGGCCGCAGUAGUGAAUCGUGACAAGAACCAUGCUUGCGUCAUCAUCUGGUCUUUGGGCAAUGAAGCAUUCUACGGACAAAAUCACCAAGCAAUGUACGAAUACACCAAGUCUAUCGAUCCCACCCGGCCAGUACACUACGAGGGCGAUGCAAAAGUGCUUUCCGCCGAUAUGUUCUCUUACAUGUAUCCAAGCCUAGAAAGACUAAUCAAACUCUGCGAGACCGAAGGUGUCACAGAUGGGAAAUUCGACAAGCCUAUCGUUUUGUGCGAAUACGCUCAUGCGAUGGGAAACGGACCCGGCAAUCUGCAAGGCUAUCAAGAUGCCUUCCGCAGUCAUCCUCGCCUGCAAGGAGGUUUCAUCUGGGAAUGGGCAAAUCAUGGCCUGUGGAAGUCAGACGCGGAUGGUAAAUCGUACUAUGCCUAUGGCGGCGACUUUGACGAAGUCGUUCAUGAUUCCACGUUUGUCAUGGACGGCCUUUGUUUUAGCGACCAUACGCCGACACCAGGGCUGAUAGAAUUCAAGAAAGUCAUCGAGCCUGUGAGAAUCGAAUUGAAGGACCGACACCUUUCAUUCCACAAUUUGUAUGACUUCGCAAAUCUCGAUCACUUGAGCGCAACAUUUAAGGUAGAGUCCUUCGGCGACAAGACUACACUCCUCUUGUCUGGCACUCUUGUGCUACCACACAUUGGGCCUGGCGAGAAGCACUCACUACCACUGCCAGAAGCAAUCUCCAAGACCAGCUUGACUUCAGAAACCUGGUUGACCGUAAGUCUUCAACUGAAAGACACGUCGAUUUGGAGCGAUCAAGGACAUGAAGUGGCAUGGUCGCAACAUCAGCUGUCCACGGCGAACGGCUCGACAAUAGUGCCUCGACCAAUUGCGAGUGGCGAGACUCUCCAGGUCCGCACAUCGCGCAAUGGAUGGACGAUUCGUUCAGCAUCUUUCGAGAUGACGUUCGACCGCGCGAGAGGCCAACUUCAAUCGUGGAUCUCCGAAGGCAAGCCACUUAUGGUUUCUGAUGGUACAACAAACAGUGCACUAACUCCUGGCUUCUGGCGAGCUCCCAUUGACAACGAUCGCCCUCGAGACGAACCAUAUUGGAAACGCUUCGGCUUGGACAUAAUGACCUCGCAGCUUCGCUCUGCCCAAGUCAACCGACUAGGACCCGGCGAGGUAGAAAUACAAUGCACGACUUUCCUCUCACCUCCUGUAUUGGACUGGGGCUGGACUGCCAGCAUCACCUAUCGCAUCACCGCCUCCGAAACUCUGACCGUCAGUGUGAAGCUCGAGCCAUCUGGCAAGAAGCCAGAGACAGUCCCUAGGAUUGGGCUUGACCUGCGCUUGAACAAGACGCUCAUGAAAGCGGAUUAUGUUGGUCUCGGGCCAGGAGAAUCAUACCCCGACAAACAGGCGGCUCAGAGAAUGGGCAUCUACACUUCCACGAUCGCGGAUCUUUCUACAAAUUACGACGUCCCACAAGAAAGCGGAAACAGAAUGGGCGCGUCAAAGGUGAUAUUUAGCGAUGAAGAUGGUGCGGGAUUGAGAGUGACACGACUGGACGAAAUUGCGAAGUUCUCAUGGGCCGCAGGAUACUAUUCCCCUCAGACUCUGGACAGAGCCAAACAUCCUUGCGAUCUGAUCGAGGAAGAUGUGCUACUGCUGCGACUUGAUGUGGCUACAGCCGGCGUUGGAUCUGGCGCCUGUGGUCCCGGCAUUGCUGAAGACUACCAGGCUAAGUGUCGAGAGACAGACUUCAUGUUUCAACUGCAGAAGACAAGAGUGCGAUAG